AUGCAGGGAUGGGCGAGCGACCGCGUGGGCAUUUUGCGGCAGGCGGUGGUCCUGCACUGUGCCCAGGCCGCUUCCUCGACGCAACCUCGCAACAAGGGAGGUGGGCAAUUCCGGGGCCUGCCAGGCAACGACCUCAGGGCGGUUAAGGACGUGCUGUCGGCGGAGCUAUCCAGAGCGUGCUCGCUGGACACGGACUGCGUGGCGUGGGUGUGGGGCGAGAAACGCGGCGAGGUUUUUUCGGACAUGUGUUUCCUGAAGGGCGGCCAUCCGCGCGGUCAGAUCACGCGGGUGCCCAAUCCGGACGUGGUGUCCGGCCAGCCCACGCAG